AACGCUCAGUACUGUCGCGUCUGUCGUCUCGUACGGGAUGAAUCCGGGCAAGGUGAAGGCCGCGCUGCUACGGGCGAAGGAAAUCUUCUUGGACUUUGCCUCGAAAACUUCGAUCCACGGCGUCAAAUACUUUGGCUGUCCGGAUCGGAACUGGUGCGAGAAGUUCUUUUGGAUUACGGUGUUUGCGCUUUCGGUGUGCAGUGGCGCUCUACAGAUACGCAAGGUUUACGAAAAGUGGGACCAAACUCCGGUCAUAGUGAGCUUCGAUGAAAAGUUCACCCCAGUUUGGCAGAUCCCGUUUCCGGCGGUCACCAUCUGUCCGGAAGCAAAGACGCCGAUUUCGGUUAUGAACUUCACCAGGGAGUUUCAUCGAUUUGUGGAGCAAUCAACGAAAAGGAAUCAUCAAGCAAGGGACGAUGCUCUACUGGCAAUGAUGCAGCUCUGCGACCGAACCAACAUUUUCACACUGAUCUCCAAAACCGUGACUAUUCCGAACAAAAAGAGCGAGGAAAGCUACGCCUCUUUGAUCAGAUUGUUGAACAUUCCUCAAACGGAAAUGUUGGAAGACUGCGUUUUUCUUAGCGAGAGAUUCAACUGUUCAGAGCUGUUUUCCUAUACGUUAACCGAGGAAGGAGUGUGUCUCACGUUUAAUAUCCUUUCAGCGAACGACAUGCUACGCACGAAUGUUCUCCAAAAAAGUGACCCGUACAUUACCGAACAGUCGGAAGCACCCUACUGGUCCCUCGAGAUGGGCUAUUCCCGUCAAGCUAACAUCACAUCCUACCCCCGUCGAACUCUCGGACCAGGCUACUCUGCAGGUCUGUCCCUAUUUCUGCGCUCGGACCUCACCAACCACGAUUACCUCUGUAGAGGUCCCAUCCACGGUUUCAAAAUCUUGCUGCACUCUUCCAGUGAAUUCCCGCAAGUAUCGAACAAAUUCAUCCGGAUUCCCAUGAAUCACGAAGUUACGGUUGCUGUCAAACCGGAGAAGAUUUCCACCAACGAUGGCCUGCAGAGUUACAGUCCGGAACGGCGGCAGUGCUUCUUCAACAGCGAACGGUAUCUGCAGUUCUUCCGAGUGUACAAUCAGGAAAACUGUGAACUGGAGUGCUUGACCAAUUUCACGCUACAUCGAUGCGGUUGCGUGAAAUUUUCGAUGCCUCGAACGAGUACAACGCCCGAAUGUGAAAUCAAUCAAUUUUGGUGCAUGUGGAAUGCGGAGAUUGAGCUGCUCGAAAUGGGACCCACGGGACAUAAGCUGGAGGAGUUGAAUUUCCGCACGCGGUGUAAUUGCCUUCCGGCGUGUACUUCGGUGCAAUACGAUACGGAGAUUACCCAGGCCAACUUCGACUGGAUGAGAUGGGCCCGUACAAUGAACGUGUCGGCAAGGGCAGUUAGAGGUUUUUCUAACAGAAUGGAGAUCUCGCGUCUGGGGAUCUACUACAAGCAGUCGCAGUUUAUGACUUCGAAACGAAGUGAGCUGUACGGGCUGACAGAUUUUUUGGCCAAUUGCGGAGGACUGCUGGGGCUGUGUAUGGGUAUGAGCCUGCUCAGUGUGGUGGAAUUGUUCUACUUCAGCUGCAUUAGGCCGUUUGCUUUGUGGACGCAGACAAGUGGAUCGGGUCCAAAUGAAAACGAUCCUACUGUGAUUGAUUCGAAGAAUGGUACAGUCAAAGGUGAUUGAUGUGUAUUUUUUGUUGAAGUUUGUUAUAUUUAGUGGUUAAUUAUCUUAAGAACAGUCGCGAUACCAACUGAAUCACAUGAGCGAUACGUCACUGGCUAUGGCUGGUUAUGUCCAUGCUCUUGUGUAAAUGUUAUUGAAUCUCAAUCAGUUAUCACUAUACGAAAAACAUUAUGUAGGUACAAAUCACGAUUUUGAGUUCUUAAACAUAAAAUUGAGCUAUAGUAGUUUUGGUAAUAAAAAGAAAUGUUCUUUUGAAAUAUGGUUGCAAAAAUUUAAGUUUCUAUAAGUUUUCAAAAUGUUACUUUGUUAAGAUCAUAAAUUGAAAUUAUUCACUUAUUGUAUAUUUAGUUUUUUUACUAACUUCUUAUGUAUUCAGCGAUAAUUUUGGAUCGGCAGUCUAUAAAACAUUUGUAGGACAAAAUUUCAAAGGACAUAAGUGGAAUAUUGAAAUGGAUGACGAUUUCAAUUGAGCAAAUUAUAUGUUGGAAAGGCAAAGCUGCCAAAGCGUAAUACAGAAUUGUAAAAGUAAAGGAUGUCCACGUUAACAUUGUAAAACCAACAGUGAAGCGUAAAAAAAUCCGUCUCUUAUCCUAUUGUCUUCAAAUUUCGAGAGUAUCAAGCAACUAA